UUACGCCUCAACUCGAGCAGGAUUUUUUUUCUCUUCAAGCGGGUGUCGCUAACAGGCGUCUGUUUGUAGGAACAAAUUUGCUCUUUUAAGUAUUUAAAUAUACAUAUGUGUUUCUAUCUACUCAGUUUUACAAAGAGACAAGAGUUGGGUAUCUAGAACAUGCCAAAAAACAAAGGUAAAGGAGGAAAGAACCGGCGACGUGGUAAGAAUGAAAAUGAGUCGGAGAAGAGGGAGCUGGUUUUCAAAGAGGAUGGGCAAGAGUAUGCCCAGGUGAUAAAGAUGUUGGGAAACGGCAGAUUGGAGGCCAUGUGCUUUGAUGGUGUCAAACGACUUUGUCACAUCCGAGGAAAACUCCGGAAAAAGGUUUGGAUCAACACCUCGGACAUCAUCCUCAUAGGCCUGAGGGAUUACCAGGACACGAAAGCGGAUGUUAUUUUGAAGUACAAUGCUGAUGAAGCUCGGAGUCUGAAGGCGUAUGGAGAGCUUCCAGAACACGCCAAAAUCAAUGAGACGGACACGUUCGGACCCGGAGACGACGACGAAAUUCAGUUCGAUGAUAUUGGAGAUGAUGACGAGGACAUUGAUGAUAUCUAACGUGGAGCUGCUGCUAAGGAGGAAGUGGACUUCUGUGUGCCGGCAGAGACGGGCUGCGUGGAGUCUGACCCUCUCUUGGACCCCGUGACUCAGAUUUAGGGCUUUCAUCACUAACUACACGACUGUACCAGUAUCAACAAUGCGCUUAGUUUUUACUGUAUUUAUAUUAAUUUCACACCAAAUGGCAUUUAGUUGAAGAAUCUCUGGAUUUACAAUAAUAAACAAAAAAAAAACAAUUUAAUGUUUGUCUUGCAGUCUGUAAUUCUUGUAGUGUUCAGAUGAUCAAGAGAAAUGUUUCAGAAGAGUAGCUUCCUGUCUGUUUUUGAUUUUUAAUUAGAUAAAUAGGUCGAUGAUGGGACGCGCAUCGAGUCUGUCUCUGGGAAAUCACAGGAAUGUUUCCACUGAUAUUUUUAUUUGUAAAUUUUUUUUUUUUAUAAUUAUUUUUUUAAACAGAAGUCUGUGGUGGUGUGUGGGGCUUUUUUUUUUUUUAAAUCCACAGAGCUGCUUAAAAAACCCAAACUAAAUUGGCCCUGGAGAUGCACCGAUGCUUUUUCUCUUCAUGACUGAUGCUAAUUUCGUGCACUGAUUCUGAUCUAAUCUUUAAAAUCUCUGCACGUCUCGUUAUGUUUCCUUUUAAACAAGUUAAUUAAUAGUAGCAUUUCUGUCCGUGUAUAUGGAGUUCAAAUGUGAGGUUUUUUUUUUUUUUUUUCUGAAAUGUUUCUUGAAUUCAUUCUAUAAUUUUAAGGGGGGGGGAAUUGAAGCUCAAUAUUUUUGUAUACAAGAAUCAAAACUGAAAUGAUGGGUCAUUUUUUAAUGAAUUGUGUCCUUCGGGGGGGGAACCAACAAAAAACAAAUUGUCUUUAAUUUGUGGAUUUACAUCGUUAACAUUACCAUCAGGAUGACGUAAUGGAAAAGUAGGUGGUGUUCCUUUUCUGCUGCUUUUACUCGAUAAAAACAAAAUUUGAUUUUGAAAUAAAAGCCCGUACUAACUGAAA